UUUCAACAUUUUGGGUGUGUAAUCAUUCACAUUAGACUGCAGUAACAUAACCGGAGAGUGUUUAGAAACUUGCCUAGGAAUUGACUGAUCGAAUUUAAUUUCUUAAAUUGCAAACAGUUUUAGUAAAAUGGGUAUAAAAGGUUGUGAAAUUCAGUUGGACAAUCCAUGGAAUACUUAUUAUGCCGGACAAACAGUUAAUGGACAAGUAAAAAUAACGUUCGAUGCACCAAAAAAAGUGCGAGGUAUUAUCAUAAGGUUUCUAGGUGAAGCUAAUACGGAGUGGUCUGAAACGCGUAGUGUCACAAACAGUGAAGGCAAAACUGAAGAUGAAACAGAAUACCUUAAAGGACAUGAAGAAUAUUUUCAAAUACAAUAUUAUUUACUUGGCGGUAAAAAUAGUGCCGAAAUCGAAUUACCCGCUGGCACUCACACGUAUCCAUUCACUUGCGCAUUGCCUCCGACAUUACCGUCAUCGUUUGAAGGUGAAUUUGGCCAUGUGCGUUAUACAAUCAAGGUAACGCUAGAUCGUCCAUGGAAAUUUGAUCAAGACAUGAAAAUGGCUUUCACUGUAAUUGCGCCAGUGGAUCUAAAUUUAAAUCCACGUGUAAAGGAGCCGUUUAAAUUGGAUUUGGAAAAAACUUUUUGUUGUUUUUGUUGUCGUUCUGGUCCACUACAAGUUAUAACAUCGGUUCCAGUAACUGGUUAUGUUUCGGGUCAAAUUGUACCCAUUACUUGUGAGUGUGACAAUGCAAGUAAUGUUACCAUUAAUUCCGUUAAAUUUGUGUUACGUAAACGUGUAACGUUUCAUACUACACAACCACGAAGAGAAAAGAAAGAAAGUAAGAUAACUAUUUCGGAAUUAAGUAUCGGACCCGUGUCUAAUGGCGAAUCUCGUACGUUUAAUCAACAAUUGGAGGUGCCACCGUUGCCGCCAACAAAUUUGAUGAAUUGUGGCAUCAUUGCGUUGGACUAUGAUUUGCAUAUUGAAUGUGAAGUUAGUGGUCCACAUCGCAAUUUGACUGGUAAUAUACCUAUUACUUUAGGUACAAUUCCAUUGGCUUCCUUUAAGCCUCCAGUUCCAUAUACGGAUGUGCCAGCUCAAGUAGCACCACAACAGCAAGAUGAUCCAUCUUCAGCGCCAACAGCUGCGUGUUCACCAGCAAGUCCACCAAAUGGUGCUGGUGGUGCUCUGGGAUGGAAUGUAGCUGAUAGUGCUGGUGCUCAAUUGUAUCCAAACAUACCGCCACCACAAUUUGUGGAGACGAAAUUCAAAGCCCCAAAAAUAACUGGACAAGAUGAUUCGGAGCAUACAAAAAUUAUUGGAGAUGGAAAUUUUGCACCACGUUAUCCUACAUUUCAAUUCAAUCCAAGUGCUCCAGCAGCCAAUUUUUAAGUGAUAUUUACACAUAGAUAUAUAUAUGUAUAUAUAUGUUUGUAUAAACGUAUAUAUAGGUAUACGCAAUAUGAAACAAAAGACGUUAGUAAAUGAAUCCAUAAUUCUUAUUUUUUUUUUAAACAUAUGUAUUUAUUAAUUAAAAAAAUGCAUAGUAUAAUGCAUUUAUUGUUGCUUCCUAUACCGCGCGCAAAUUUCAUUUUUCCAAGAAUUCUAUUUGCAAAAUAUGCAUUUAUUUGCAUAAACGUAAUUAGUGAAGUUGAUUGCUAAUUUUCACUAAAAGGUUCCCUACCCAAGAACAAUUUUUGAUAUUAAAUUUUAGUCAUGAAUCUCUUAAAUUAACUUUAUUUUUUACAGUAAAGCU